AACAAAAGCUCCACAAUUUUGACCUGGAAAGAUUGAGCCUUUCUUUGAAUCGAUCGGGUCAAGUUAUUUCUAUUGUAUGCAUUUUGAUUUCUUGGAACCUAAUUCCACAUAUAGAUCUUUUCUCUUAUAGUAAUUUUGGGAUAUGUUUUCGAGCAAUUGAGGGUUUAUUUCUUGAUGGCAUCAUCUACGAUUAAGCAUGUCGGAGAUCACCACUGGCGUCUAUUUUCCGCAAGGGACUUACCGGCGGGAUGCUGUAAUCUUGUGAAGGAGCAGGGACCAGUGACAAUCGAACAUGUGUUAUUGGUGUUGAGAGAGACAAAAGACGAAAGAGAAUCACGAUUUCGGGGUUUGUUUAAUUUCUUUGAUACAUCAAAGGUAGGGUACUUGGAUUCUGUUCAGAUCGAGGUAGGGCUAUCGGCGAUGCAAAUUCCGACGGAUUACAAGUACGUGAAAGAGUUACUUAGGGUUUGCGAUGCAAAUAGGGAUGAAAGAGUUGAUUAUCAGGAGUUCAGAAGGUACAUGGAUGACAAGGAGCUUGAGCUUUAUCGUAUUUUCCAAGCCAUUGAUGUCGAACAUAAUGGUUGCAUUUUAUCGGAAGAGCUCUAUGAUGCUCUCGUUAAGGCUGGGAUAGAACUUGACGAUGACGAACUAGCAAGCUUGAAACCACGUUUUAUGUUCUCUGCAAUUUACUUUCAUUUUUAAAUUAAGUGUAUUUAUUCUUGCAAGGAUCGUUUUUCUCCCCCAAGCCUUCCCUGUCACUACCUCGUUCGUGAUUAGCCAUCUCGAUCAAAUGAAAACCAAGGACUGGAUGUCCCUUUUCUCGUCGCCCAUCGAAUUGCUAAUAAGUGCUGAAAUCUUGCAGAUUGUUGUCAGUGAUUCAAUGUUAUUUAGACAUGAAUCUUGCAGAGGUGGGGGAGAAGAUAGAUUGAUAUAUGAGAUUGAAGAAGAUGAUUGUUGUGGUGUGUAUUGAAGAAGUUGUGUGAGUUUUUUAUGA